ACCGAUUCGAUUCCUAUGAACUGGGCCAGUAAAUUAGCCAAAGUAAUAUGUUGCUAUAUGAAAAGUGAAACUGAAGCACACUUAUUUUCAAAUUAGACAUCGGACCAAGCGUUCCUAAGAGAACAUUUUCUAAGUUCUAGAUAUCGUUUCAGUUUAAGGCUGCCUGCAGAGCACCAUGCUGACAUGUGACAUCUGUGGUGAGGAGUUGGCUUUGGAAGAGGACAUGAAGACUCACCUCCUCCUAAGUCAUGUGGAGAAUGACAUGAGCUGCCCCCUCUGUUCCCUCUCUGGAGUCUCAUAUGAUGAACUCAGCUUUCACGUCAGCACUGCACACACAGAUGAGCAGGACCACGGCAGAGGAAGAGGAUCAAAGGGUACAGGUGUAGAUGGAGGUCACAAUGUUGUCACAGUGGCCACUGGCCAGAGGUCUCGAACUGUAGAAGAUGCCUCUCUCAGGACAUCAACUAGCACACCAGUGUCUCAGGGGACUAUAACGCUACCUUCCGGAGCGUUUGAAAGGCCAGUGCUGGCCAUUGUUGGGGCCACUUCAUCAGUGGCUACAGCUAAGGACUCCAGCAGGCCUGCUAAAACACGUAGUGUUGAGGAUUCUAUAGGAGCAGCCGAGCAAACCAAAGCUAAACAGAAGUGUCUCUCCUCUCCACAUAAAGAGAAGCAGUUUCCUUGUCCAAUUUGUACCCUGGUCUGUACCAACGCCUUUAUCUUACAGGAUCAUGUAGAAUUGCACCUGCAAGGAGUGAGCACAGUUGAAGAUGGGAAGAGUUUUGAGUGUCCCUUGUGUGCUGUGGUUUGUGGAGACAGCUCCUCACUGCAAGAACAUGUGGAGCUUCAUCUUGACUACGGCACAGCCACAAGCGCAGUGAGCCCAGGCUCAGAUGUGAGACUAGCCAGACUACUGCAGGAUGAGGAGGAUGAGAAGGAAAGGAGGAAGGAGCAGGAGGCCAAGAGGGAGGCAGAGGAGUUCAAAAAACUACAGAGGCAGUUUGGUGUGGACAGCAGUGGGGGCUAUCGCAGGCAGAUGGAGAGGACCAUGGAGAGAGAAGUGUCUCAAGGUCUCAUGGUCCCUGCAGACUUUCACAACAGGAAAGCAGAGAUUAUGGAGUCUCUGGCCUCGGGUGUUGAUGAUGGCAGGACCAGAACACAGGGUGUGCUGGGUGCCCUGUAUGAGUAUUAUCAGAGGGAGGCCAGAGACUGUGUCCACGUGUGGCUAAGUGCUGACACAGACCACUUCUGCUCCUCAGACGGUGAUAAAGGCUGGGGCUGUGGCUACAGGAACUUCCAGAUGCUUCUCUCCUCUCUGCACAGAAUGGAACCCUAUAAGAACGGUAUCUCAGAGGGGUCGGUACCCAGCGUUCCCCAGGUGCAAGCAUUGAUCGAGGGGGCUUGGCGGGAGGGGUUGGACCCACAGGGCGCCAUCCAAUUUAACCAGCGAUUACAGGGCACACGGGCCUGGAUAGGAGCUACAGAGAUCUAUGCUCUUUGCACCUUCCUUGGUGUCAGGGCCCGUAUCUUAGACUUUCAUCAGCCCACUGGCCCAGGAGAUACCCAUCCCUGCCUCUUUGACUGGGUGAAGAAGUACUUCUCUGAGACUGCAACAAAGGGUGCCAGACUCCCACCCCGGGUGGUACAGACCAAACAGCCUCCGCUCUACCUACAGCAUCAAGGCCACAGUCGCUCAAUAGUGGGAGUGGAACAGAAAAAGAAUGGUAGCUUGUGCCUGUUGCUCCUGGACCCUGGCUGUUCACCUGGAGAGGUGAGGAAACUGCUGAGCCAAGAUAGAGUCAUUGUUACCACAGCUGUUCGCCGCAUGAGGAAGUUCCCUGGCAACCUAAAACACAGGCAGUACCAGUUGGUGGCUCUAGAGGGCAUGCUCUCCCCCGAGGAGAAACAAACCCGCAUUCUCAACUCAAGAACACUGAGAGCUGAGAGGAUCCCCUGACACUGGAAUGUUGGCAUUUGCUUUAUUUUAAUGUCACUUUGCUUUAUGACUUCCUAAAUCAUUUAAUGUUGCAUUUUCCUUUAUAUUUUAAGUUAAUAAAAUAUUUAUUUUAACAUUACAUUUGUUCUGUUCUCUGUAAAUCCCAAGCAUGUAAGAUCAUAGUAAGAUCACCUAGUGCAUCUUUGUCCCGCACGUCUCAAGCAGAAUGAGUCAUUGGUUUUGUGGGGAGGUAUGGAAUCCUCUGACCUUAGUCUUGUCCCAAUUAGGGAUGAAAAGACCAUAGCCUCAUCUUUUGAUGUAGGGUGUAGGCAGGACACUAGUACUUAGGUGAUAUAUGAAUCCCUAUACUAAAUAAAGUAGUAAAUAAACA